ACCUGGAGCUGACCUGGAAACCCCUGGAUCUGACCUGGAGACCCUGGAUCUGACCUGGAGCUGACCUGGAUCUGACCUGGUGACCCCUGUAGAAGAUGACCUGUGUGUUCCUGUUCUGUUUGGUUGUGGUUUCUUCAGCUGUGAGUUCAGACGGUGAUCCGCGGUCGGCCUCGUCUUCCUCAGACAGUGAUGAAGAUCUUCAGCCUCCGCCCACCAUGACUGAAGCCCCGCCCAUCAUGACUGAAGCCCCACCCACCCCACCUGAAGCUCCGCCCGGUGUAAUCGUCGAGGUUGAGGACAUGAAAACAAACGUCAGUCUGAGCUUCGCCAUCUUCAUCGUCACUAAAGGGGAGGAGGGGGAGGAAGAGGAGGAGGGGGAGGAGGAGGGGGAGGGGGGGAGUGUGGCCGUCAGACGAGGAAGGUCUGAUGACAUCAGCAAGAGAGAUGACAUCAGCCAUGAUGUCAUCAGUGAAGGCAGUACAAGGCCAAUGGCGUUGAUUCUCUCCGCUGAGCUGGAAACCAGCAGCCAGCCAAUGACUGAGGAGAACACAGAUCACAUGAUCACCACUGGAGACCAGCACCUGUCAUCAGGGGAAAUGAUGACUGAUGAGGAAACAGAUGACUUUAACAACACCUCAUCCAGUGUGGACUCCUGGAGCCAAAAACAGACUCUCUCUGAUGACUUUGAUUAUUUUAACAACACCUCAGCGGAGACUAAUGUGCAUCAAACUCUCACUGUUUUUGAUGAGUCUGAUGAUUUUAACAACACUAAAAUCAUGGAGAUCUACACUCAGCAAACUAUAACUGUUGAUUACUCUGAUGACAACAACAACACAGGGUCUGAUGAUUUUAGUAACAAGACGACUGCUCCAACAUCACCACUCUCUGAUGAGUCUGAUGAUUUUAACAACAGCACAGUGAUAAAUGAUCAGCCAGUUAGAAUUGUUUUUGAUUCCUCUCAUGACACAUUUAUCAGGUCUGAUGAACCACCGCUGUCUCUUUCUGAUGACUUUAACAACUCAGAGGUCCCUCAGCUGAACCCAGACCUUCAGGGUAUCACUUUAAACCCAGAUAACCUGAGUACCAGAAACAACCAGCAGGGGGCGUUAGGUGUUGAGACAGUGGACGAGCUUGUUCUGGAUCCAGUAUCUCAGGAGGUCAUGAGUUCUAACUCUGAGAAAAUGAGCUCAGGAAUCCAGGACAGGACCAGUUCUAACAGAGGCAGCAUUAGUGAGGGUUUCAGGUCAGGAUCUAGACUUCAGGAGGUGUUUCACUCCAUCCACAAGGUUGUAGACCUGCUUUCAGGUAACCAGAGAGUGACAGGCCUGAAGGGUAGUCAUCAUAAGGUUCUUGGUUCAACUCCCUUCACUGGCAGUCAGACAGGUUUUCUCCUGAACUCUGAUCAAAGUUCAGAAUUUGUUAGCACUGAUCCCAAAAAGUCCACCAUCUCCAGUACCCUGCAAGGAACUGGUUCUAGAGAUUCCACACAGCAAGUUUCUGGUCCAACAACCUCCUGGUCCAGGAGGAGUUCCAGGUCCCUCGCUCGGGUGGACAGUAGUUCAAGCUCAGACAGCUCUGAGGAGGGUCAGGACUCUGGUGGUGCAACACUUGGCCUGGGUUCUGAUUCCAGAGACAGCAGUCCAGAGGUCAGCUCCAGCAGUGAGGAGGCCCUGUUGGGUCUUAAAUCCUCAUCCUCUCCUCCUCUGGUUACCUCACCCGUCCCCUCCCCUCAAACACCAACCAAGUCUGGGAGUUUGUGGUCAGAUUCAAAUGAGUCUGAUUUGUCAGGCUCUGGAUCUGAAUCUGACUCUCCGGAAGUCGAUUCAAGGAACAACUCUCAGAGCCCAGAUCUUAAUCCUAAUCAGGUCCUGAUCUCUGAUUCUAAUCUGGGUCCAGAGUCCACCUUGAAUCCCAACAGGUCUGAGAUCAGUCAGGGAUCAGCCACCAUCAGGGUUCCUACGGAUGCUAACUCUGAGACUAGCAAAGAAGCUAACUCCAUUGUAGACUACAACACUAAUACUGCUAGCAUAGCUGCCAGCCCUGAGGUUAGCAUAGAUGCUAAGCCUGAUGGUGGUGUAAAAGACACUGAGGCAGGUGCAGAAGCUACAACUGACUCUAGCAGCAAUGUUAGCGUUGAAGCUUAUCCCACCACUGCUACUGUGUAUGGUGCUGAUGUUAGCAUUAAUCUUGACAAGGAGCUGAGUGCUGAAGAGGAAGAUGAUGCUAGCAAAGAAGCUACCACAGGUUCUGUUGUUAGCAUCAAACCCACAGCUGCUGCUGAGUACAGCACAAACCCUGCUGAGUCUGGAGCUAGCACUGAUGCUAUCGCUAAUGUAGAAAAGGAAGAAGGAGGUGCAGAUGUUAGCACUGAAGCUAGUCCAGAUGCUGAGAACCUGGGUCCAAACCAAACUGCCGGUACUGAAGAAAAUGAUGCCUCUCCUCUUCCUCCUCCUCCUCCUCCUCUCCUCCUCCCUCUCCUCCUCCUCCCUCUCCCCCUCCUCGCAGGAAGCAGCCUUACCACUUCGGUUUCCUCAAUCCCAUCAGUCGUUUCUACAGCAGCCAACCACGAAUAUUAGCAACACAACAGCAUCAGUUCGAGAAACCACAACAUCGUCACUAUCGAAACGUUUACCUGAGUCCAGUCCGCCGCCAUCAGAUGGUCAGUCGCCACACUAACAGGAAGCAGAUGAAGGUUAGCGUAGCGGCGGUGGCUUAUCAGGCUCAGAGCAGCAGUGAAGAAAUAAACCAGUGAAGAUGGUUUAGGUCUGUUAAAGGUUUGAUCUGGAUUUAACUAGAACUAAAUCUUCUGUUUUUACAUAAUUAUUGAUCAUUAUUAAACUUAGUGUAAUUAGACUGAAGGCAGCAGCAGAUUAGCUUCAUUUAUUUAUUCUGUCUGGUUCAUGGAAGGAACUUUCUUUUUAUGUCAACUUUUCUCUCUGUUUCUUCAUAGGUAAUUGUAGCUAGCUAAUUAAUGUUUACAUUAGCUUUGUGGGUUGGUUUAAAUCCUGUAAAAGGGUUUUAAUAAGGUGUUGGUGGCUAAGUACACGAUGUCAUGCUAACAGAGGCUAAAGCUAACAGGUAAACAGCUGAUUAAUUAAUAUUGUAAAUGACAAAAUAGUCCAUCCUAACAUUGAGGCUAAAAAUCUCUAAAAAUAAAUCCAGUACAGAUCAGAAUAGAGCGGCUAAUGUUGCUAACUGCUGGUUCAGGUUAUCUGAUGUUCUGUCUUUAUCAUUAUAAUAAUAUUUGUCCUGGAUGUUCAUGAUCAGAGUUUUCUUCAGAUCCUGUUUCCUGCUGUGACUGUGAACUCUCAGUUUAAAUGAUGCUCAGUAAACGUCUCAGAGCUGUUCAAUCAUCAUCACAUCCACACUUUAAUUACAGUUUGUAUAAUGAACUAAUCUGCAUGUUCAGAAACAUCGUCAGAGUUUCAAUAUUAAAGAGUUUUAAAUAAAGUUCCUCUGGUUCAUUAACGUGUCACCUUUUUAAAAUGCUGAUUUUUCCUAUGGACCUCUGACUGUGUUGUUGUGACAGUAAAUCAGUCCUGGUUUUGUGUGUUGUUGUGUUGCUGUGACAGUAAAUCCUGGUUGUGUAAUGUGUUUACUGUCAGAUGGUUGUGUUGUUGUUUCCUGUUUCACCACAGCUCCAUCACUGACGGAGAAAACAUCUGGACCAGACCACAGGACUGAAACUGUGAGGACGAGCCCACACCACAGCUCAGAGUAAUCUGAUACAGCUCAGAGUAAUCUGAUACAUCUGAGAGUAAUCUGAUACAUCAGAAUAAUCUGAUACAGCUCAGAGUAAUCUGAUACAGCUGAGAGUAAUCUGAUACACAUCGUGUACUCGCACUGUAGUACUCGA